AUGAGCACCGACACUGCUCUGUUACAGGAUCCGAAAAACCAUCCUGACAAUGCGAACUUGCCAAACGUCAACGAACCUGCGACAAUCCUCGGAGUCACUGUUUCCUUCCUGGCACUCGCCAUCUUCACAUUGAGCUUCCGAUUAUGGUUCCGCAUCAAGGAACGCCUUUGGGGUUGGGAUGAUGUCUUCGUUGUUCUCGCUGCUACGGCGAGUUUCAUCGGAGAUAUCAUGGUUUGCAUGAUGCCCGAGGAUGGUCUUGGGCUGCAUUUGUGGACACUUGAUGCUGAACAUCUAACGGCAUAUUUCAAGCACAUCUAUGCGACAAAUGCUGCGUACACCGCAAGUACAACCCUGAUCAAACUCUCCAUCCUCAUACAAUAUCUCCGACUCUUUGCCGAAGCCGCGCCCUCCACCACUACCGCUCAAUAUCGACUCGCACGCCGUAUCACCUGGGGCAUGAUAUUGAUAUGCUCACUCUGGGGGUUGACUUUUUUCAUGCUCGCGCUUUUCCCCUGCAACCCCGUACGCAAGAACUGGAACCCUACAUUGCAGGGCACAUGCAUUGGAUGGGGCAGCAAAAACCCUGCCGACUUUUUCCACAUGUUUUUGGGCCAUGCUGUCAGUAACUGCUUACUGGAUAUCAUGGUCCUUCUAGUACCUCUGCCCUUCGUAACCACGCUAAGGAUUGCGGGUAAAAGCCGAGCAGGCUUAGUUGGUCUGUUCAGCUUGGGCUGUGUUGUCGUCAUCGUAGCUGUCGGUCGCAUGAUCGCUAUGUCUGUUAACAAAGCUGGCACCAAGCCUGUCCUAGACAUGUCCUUCCACACACCCAUCGUCUAUAUCUUCGCCGUCCUCGAAGUCAACUUCGCUAUCAUCACAGCCUCCAUACCCAUCUUCUGGCCCGCCAUAGCAACACUAGCUUCCAACAAGAUCUUCGUCGUCAAUGAAGUACAGAUCCACGUCGAACAUGUCACAAGAAACGAUAGCUUCGACUCCAGCGGUGGCAUCAGCCUUAGCGACCGAAAGAUACAAUCGUCAGGUGGGGAUAGCAAGAUGGGCGUUGUUACCACAAUAUCCGACCGAGCACCACCUCGAAAGUCAGGCGAGAAGUCAUCCAUUCACCAUCAUCACAAACCAAGCACCGCUUCAUCUGUCGGUCCAACCACCGGCUUUGGAGGAGGACGAAAACCAAGCACCGCCUCAUCCGUAGGCCGAACAAUGGGCAUGGACCUCGCCGGCCGCCCCAGCCAAGAAUCAUCACGCUACCUAUACCGCAUCCCGAGCAACGAAAACAGGAGCUCGAAAAGCCUUACGCAGAGCGAGGGCGACGACUGGUUCAUGGAGAUGGACAGGGCGAAUUCACGCGGACAAGUGACGACAACGGUCGAGAAGUCCUCGAUUCCGUUCGAGCACCUCAAGGCGACGGAUAAAAAGUAA